UCCCCCAUCGCCCUGUCCAGCCUCUCCCCCAGCCGCCGCACCCCAGCCCCUACCCAGCAGCCGCCGCCGCCAUGGCCACCACCGCGCGCCCGCUCGUCUCCGUCAAGGCCCUGGACGGGGACAUGGCCACCGACGCGGCCGGCGUCCCGAUGCCGCACGUCAUGAAGGCGCCGAUCCGCCCCGACGUCAUCACCUUCGUCCACAGGCUCGUUUCCUGCAACAGCCGGCAGCCCUACGCCGUCUCCCGCAAGGCCGGUCACCAGACCUCGGCCGAGUCCUGGGGCACGGGUCGCGCCGUCUCGCGUAUCCCCCGUGUCGGCGGUGGCGGUACCCACCGCGCCGGGCAGGGAGCCUUCGGCAACAUGUGCCGUGGCGGACGCAUGUUCGCGCCCACCCGGAUCUGGCGCAAGUGGCACCGUCGCGUCAACGUCCGCCUCCGCCGCGUCGCCGUCGCCUCCGCCCUCGCCGCCACCGCCGUCCCGGCCAUCGUCACCGCCCGCGGCCACCGCAUCGAGUCCGUCCCCGAGUUCCCGCUCGUCGUCUCCGACUCGGCCGAGGGCAUCGAGAAGACCGCCCAGGCCAUCAAGGUCCUCAAGCAGCUGGGCGCCUACGCUGAUGCCGAGAAGGCCAAGGACUCCGUCGGCAUCCGCCCCGGCAAGGGUAAGAUGCGCAAUCGCAGAUACAUCAACCGCAAGGGACCCCUCAUCGUCUACGGCACCGAGGGCUCCAAGAUCGUCAAGGCCUUCCGCAACCUCCCUGGUGUGGAUGUUGCCAACGUCGAGCGCCUCAACCUGCUCGACCUUGCCCCUGGUGGCCACCUUGGCCGGUUCGUGAUCUGGACUGAGUCUGCCUUCAAGAAGCUGGACGAGGUGUACGGCUCCUUUGAGGCGUCUUCCUCCAAGAAGAAGGGCUUCGUGCUCCCAAGGCCUAAGAUGACCAAUGCUGACCUUGGCCGCCUCAUCAACUCUGAUGAGGUCCAGUCCGUGGUGAAGCCCAUCAACAAGGAGGUGAAGCGCAGGGAGGCCAGGAAGAACCCUCUGAAGAAUGCUGCUGCCGUGCUCAAGCUCAACCCCUACUUCGGAACUGCCCGCAGGAUGGCAGUUCUUGCUGAGGCAGCCCGUGUCAAGGCCAGGAAGGAGAAGAUUAACUCCAAGAGGACCAAGCUCAGUGCGGAGGAGGCAUCAAAGAUCAAGGCUGCUGGGAAGGCCUGGUACCAGACCAUGAUCUCUGACAGCGACUACACGGAGUUUGACGUCUUCUCCAAGUGGCUUGGCGUCAGCCAGUGAUCAUCUCGUUGAAGUAGUAACAGUUUAUCGUCCUACCUUGAGACCCUAAAGUAUGAUUUUGUCAUUACCGUGUCAUGUUAUCGAUUAUCUGGAGUCUGAGACAUCGUAUGCUGUUUUGCUAGCUGUUUAUCUGGAGUGUUUUAUCUGUGGAUGCAUUUUGCGAGACAUGUUCUAUGGCAUGCUUUACCGUGAGUCGUUAGUUCAGAUUUUGUGUUGUGUUUUUCAUUAUAUAUACUCUGUCAUGAAUGCGAAAUAAUUUUCGUCAUUGUGAAA